AUGAACAAUCAGUGGGUCGUUCCAUAUAAUCCUUACUUACUAACUAGAUACAACUGUCACAUCAACGUUGAAUCUUGUGCGGAAAUAAAAGCUAUAACGUAUAUGAACAAGUACAUAUAUAAAGAACAUGAUAGAUGCGCUAUUUAUAUUGAAUCAGAUGAUGGAGAAAAAGCUGUUGAUAAAAUUCUAAGCUUUCAAGAUGCACGUUGGGUCACUGCACCAGAAGCACUAUGGAGACUUUAUGAAUUCAAUCUCAGUGAAAUGCAGCCUCUAAUCAUUAACCUUCAACUGCAUCUUUCGAAUAGACAAUCAGCUAACCCAGCAGAAGGCGAAAGGUAUUAUUUGCAAUUAUUACUGAAUCACGUACAAGGACCAACUUCAUUUGAUUCAUUAUUGUCUGUUAAUGGAAGAUCAUGUGAAACAUUCAAAGAAGCUGCAAAAGAAAAAGGUUUACUGGAAUUAGAUAACAGCAUUUCUGAAUGCCUGCGUGAAGCAGUCGUCUUCAAAAUUCCAUCAGCUUUGAGAAAUUUAUUUGCGAUAAUUUUGGUUCAUUGUAAUCCUACGGAUAGGUUGGAUGAUGGAAUUAUAUCAGAAUGCAGAGAAAUAGGAGAAGAGAAAUCUAUAAUAGUGCCUUUAGAAGAUUUGGAUGCACAGACAAAACUAAAUCCUAAACAAGAGCAAGCAUUCAAGAUUAUAUUGGAAAGGGUCGAUACUGAAAAUUCGGGAUUAUUUUUUAUUGACGGACCUGGUGGGACUAAAAAAAUAUUCCUAUAUCGCACAAUACUUGUAAAUAUCAAAUUGAGGGGGAUGAUAGCUUUAGCAACGACAACAAGUGGUGUAGCUGCAACUCUUUUAUCGGGAAAUUGUACAACACAUUCUAGAUUUGAGAUACCACUUCAAACAACUGAUACGACAACCACACGUAUGUCAAAGCAAGGUGGUGGAGCUAAAUUGAUUAAAAAAGCCAAGAUGAUUAUUUGGGACGAAGCACCUAUGGCUAGCCGUCGGACAAUUAAAACAGUUGAUAGGAGCUUUAGAGAUAUAUUGGACAUUGAUGAACCCUUUGGUGGAAAAGUAGUAGUUUUUGGAGGCGAUUUCCGUCAGGUACUAUCAAUAAUUCCAAAAUCUACCAGGGCUGAAACGGUAAAUGCAAGUUUGGUCAAAUCGUAUUUGUGGCAUCGAAUGCAAAGGAUUAAAUUAACAAGAAAUAUGAGGGCACGAACAGACCCACCAUUUAGUGAAUUCUUAUUACGUAUAGGUAAUGGUGAGAAGCCUACAAUAAAAGAUGAUUUGGUACUUUUUCCAAAACAACUGGUUAUUGAAAAUAAGAGCAGUACUGGUGAAAAUGCCUUACUGGACCAAAUAUUUUCGUCACUGGAUAAAAAUGCAACUUGUGCAAAAUACAUGACAGAACGGGCUAUCCUAGCUAGCAGAAACAAAUACGUAGAUCAGCUAAAUGAAAUGUUAAUUUCCAGAUUUUCUGAUGAAAGCAAAACAUUUCUUAGUUUCAACUCUGCAGAGGAUGACACCAAUAAUUACUAUCAAGAAGAUUACUUGAAUACACUAACACCAAGUGGUCUACCUCCACACAGGUCUGUUCUUUAUUAUUUAUUUCGUAUGUUCUUUAUUAUUUAG